AUGCAGCUCACAUGGAAGGAUAUACCUACAGUUCCAGAGUCUAAUGACCUGCUGGAUAUUGUUCUUAACAGAACCCAGAGAAAGACGCCAACGGUCAUCAGGGCAGGCUUCAAGAUCACCCGUAUCAGGGCCUUCUACAUGAGAAAAGUCAAGUUCACCGCUGAGGGUUUUGGUGAGAAAUUGGACGACAUCAUAAGUGGAUUCCCCAACAUUAACGAUGUUCAUCCUUUCCACAGAGAUUUGAUGGACACUUUGUACGAGAAGAACCACUACAAAGUCUCGCUUGCCAGUAUUUCUAGGGCUAAGACCUUGAUUGAGCAGGUUUCCAGAGAUUACGUGAGAUUGCUCAAAUUUGGCCAAUCGCUGUUUCAGUGUAAGCAGCUGAAAAGGGCUGCUUUGGGUAGAAUGGCUACCAUCGCCAAAAAGUUGAAGGAUUCGCUCACCUACCUGGAACAAGUCCGUCAGCAUUUGGGCCGUUUGCCCUCCAUUGACCCUAACACCAGAACUUUACUGAUCUGUGGUUACCCCAAUGUUGGUAAGUCAUCUUUCCUUCGUUGCAUAACCAAGGCUGAUGUUGAAGUGCAGCCAUAUGCGUUCACCACCAAGUCGUUGUACGUUGGUCAUUUCGACUACAAGUACCUCAGAUUCCAGGCAAUUGAUACGCCCGGUAUUUUGGACAGACCCACUGAGGAGAUGAACAAUAUCGAGAUGCAGUCUAUUUAUGCAAUUGCGCAUUUGAGAUCGUGUGUGCUGUACUUCAUGGAUCUAUCUGAGCAGUGUGGUUUCUCCAUCGAGGACCAGGUCAAGCUUUUUCACUCGAUAAAACCUCUUUUCGCAAAUAAGUCGGUUUUGGUCGUGGUGAACAAGACCGACAUCAUCAAGAUCGAGCAUUUGGACGAGGAGAGACAGGAGUUGAUCAAGACUGUCACCGCGUUGCCAGGUGUUGAGAUAAUGCAGACCUCGUGUAUCGAGGAGGACAACGUGAUGCAGGUGAGAAACAAAGCCUGUGAGAAGCUGCUGACUGCAAGAUUGGAGACUAAGCUCAAGGGCUCUACCAGAGUCAACAAUGUUUUGAACAAAAUCCAUGUUGCCCAGCCAGCCGCCAGAGACGACAUCGAACGUAAAGCGCACAUUCCAGAUGCUGUUAAGGCUUUGAAGAAGUAUGAUGCAAACGAUGAAAACCGUCGCAAGCUUGCAAGAGAUAUUGAAGCCGAGAACGGUGGUGCUGGUGUUUACAACAUCAACUUGAAGGACAGAUACCUAUUAGACGAUGAGGAGUGGAAGAACGACGUCAUGCCCGAGAUAAUGGACGGUAAGAACGUGUACGAUUUCCUAGACCCUGAGAUUGCUGCCAAGCUGCAGGCUUUGGAGGACGAAGAAGAAAGGCUCGAACGCGAAGGAUUCUACGACUCGGAUUCGGAGAUCGAAGACGACGAGGUGGAAGACAUCAAGGAGAAGGCCAGGUGGAUCAGAGACAAGCAGAAGAAGAUGAUCAACGAGGCCCGUAACAAGAAGCAUCUGCACAACAAGGCAAUCAUGCCUAGAUCGUCUUUGACCAAGAACUUCGUUGACUUGGAGAAGGACAUGUACAUGAUGGGCCACGAUACCUCGGCCCUUGUUGCCAAGAGAACUGCUGCCAUGGCUAAUAAGAGAGAGAGAUCAGGAACCGACGUCGUUAUGGACGAGAUGAACAUGGACGUGGAGACUGCCUCCACUACCGGUAGACCAGGCAGAUUCCAGGCCGAUCGUCUCAACGACGGUGUUAGCGACGGAGCUCUCAGAUCGAAAGUGGAGCGUUUGGCCAAAAUGCAAAGACGUGAAAGAAACAGACAGGCAAGAGCUGGUGAGGCUGAUAGACAUUCCACUGCUUCGCUGCCCAAGCACUUGCUUGCUGGUAAGCGUGGUAUUGGUAAAACAGACCGUCGUUAG